UUCUUGGGCUCACAAAUUUCGACCCGGAGGAAAGAUUGACGGCGCCCCAGGCUUUAGAGCACGAAUGGUUCAGAGAUUUCUGACUUCACGAAGCUGAAGAGCUCAUAUGCCUUAGUCUCUCAAAGACAUAUCAGGCCGGGAGACGUUCGCUCGGCCACAUCUGUCCCGCUAGUGGAGACCGUCUGUUGCCAAGCACCAUCUCCGCACAUACAGCUCAAACGUUCUGUAUUGUGCCCCCAAACCAAGUCACAGCGCUGCGUCUGAUCGCAUCUGAUAUGCAAAGCGUAUGCGGGGAAGCCUGCUACAUCACUGGCCACAGACAUUCUCUUCACUCACGCGUAAUGAGGGAUAUGUUCUUCCCAGUAGUGGCGCACCGUAUCCACGCCUGCAGCUUCACUCAAGACCUUGGAAGUCGUCUUGGCCAACAUGGCUUCUGAUAAUAUUCCGAGGCUAUGAGAGCUUCAGUCCACUCUCGGAGCCACUAUAUAUGAGACGAUAAGGUCGUUGGUGGCACAGAAAUCAACAUCUUCAGCCCUCAGCCAACAUGAGAUUCAUCGCCACUUUUGCUUUAGCUGGCGCGAGUGCCGCUGUCGCCUCAGCCAAGAUUGAACUUCCUAACGGAUGGUUCAGGAUCCCUCCUGGUGAGAAGAUUGAUCCAGGGAGGUUUCAUGGCAAGCCUCGCUAUCUCACCUGGAUGGCCGACUCCCAGAUCAAACACGGUGUAGAACCAACCUACGCUUACACGGUAUCGGCAUACCUCUCGGGAGUUCUACUCGCAUAUUCAAGGACUGGUAAUGAUAGGUACCGGGACUAUGUCAAGCGACAUGUCGACACUGUCCUCUAUCCAGCAUGGAACGGCGAGAUCCUGCUACACAACAACAGCAACUCGAUCGAUGACAUCCGCUUUGGCCACUCUUUCUUGGACAUGUACAAUCUCACCGGGGGCGAGGAGAUCUACAAAAUCGCCGCGGACAGCCUGAAGGACCAGAUUGAUCGUUCGUUCCGGACGCCAGAUGGUGGUUUCUACCAUAGAUAUCCUGUCUACAUCGAUCAGAUGUGGUUGGAUGGUAUCUACAUGCUCGAUGUGUUCUAUGCUCGAUGGACUCACGAGUUCCAACCUGAGAACAACACUGCUUGGGAUGACAUUGCUUUGCAGUUCGAUCUCAUCGAUGCUGGAACGUUGGUUGACAGGGAACGGACCAAUGGGCUUCCGGUCCACGGCUUCGAUGUGAGCAAGAACUCUAUCUGGGCGGAUCCAGAGACUGGUGCUGCGCCUCACGUAUGGGGCAGAGCUGUCGGGUGGUACAUCAUGGCUCUUGUUGACACACUCGAUUACUUUCCUGAGAGUCACGAGGGUCGCGCAAGACUGCUUGCGUACUUCCAAUCGGUUGCCGAUGCUGUCGUAGCAGCUCAAGAUCCAGUCUACAAGGGGUGGUACAAUGUGAUGGAUCCUGGCCUCGAGAAGAAAUCCGGCAACUACAUCGAAAGUUCUGGAUCUGCCAUGUUCGUCUACGGCCUGCUCAAGGGUGUCCGUCUCGGGUACUUGAGUGGCCGGAAAUAUCUCAAAGCUGCUCUCGAUGGCUAUGAGCUUAUGACCGAGACGUUCGCGCAGCCGAGAAAAGAGGAUGGUGCUCUGUUCUGGGAGUGGACGGCACAGACAGGGAGUCUGAGCUCGAAUGGAACAUUCGAGUACUACGCCAGCAUGCCUCUCUUCGAGAAUGACCUCAAAGGUGUGGCUCCCUUCUUGUUCUCGUCGUACGAAUACGAGUUGUACCGUGAGGGUAAGAGGGGAAACGGCAGACCGUGAGUUCGACGACUCACAGCAGUAAGUACUGCGGCAUGCACUACCUGAACCAUGGCCAUGGAGACGACCAGGCUGCCCGUCACGACAAUCGUAGCAGUAGCUCUGGGAAAUACAUUAGACCCCUACAUUCCUCUCAAUGAAGCUAGUUCUCUCACCG